AUGGCCUCGAACUGGACUUCGCUACCGCAUGGAAGAUAUAAGAUAAAGGUCGAUGGUGUAGUUUUUGCUUCUCAGAAAGCUGCUGGCUUGGGUGUACUGGUUAGAGAUGCAGAGGGCAAGGUGGUGGGUGCUUGUAGCAAGAAGAUCAUGGCUCCUCUUGGUGCUGUUGAGACCGAGGCAAAGGUCUUCGAGUAUGGACUUCAGUUUGCAAGGGACCUGCUCAUCCAAGACUUCAUCCUCAAAGGGAACUCGCUGGUGCUUGUGAAUGCCCUAAAGGAAAUCUCGCCUCCUCCUGCCACGAUAGAUGUUGUGGUGUACAACUCUCUAUCAACUUCUCAUGAGUUUUGA